AUGGCGCUGCUGACGAACUCGUCGUCCACGGGGCCGACCGCGACAGGCCCGGCGGCCCCGCAGGCCCACCACUCCGCGACGCCGCUACAUCACUACUUCCACUACCUGAAGCAGCCGUCGCCUUUAGCGCAGAACCCGUACGCGCACCACACGAGCGCCCACCACAUGGGCAUGGGGCCCGGGCCGCUCGGCGGCCUGGGGCCCUUCGGCCUAACCCACCACGGCCUGGAGGCCGUCGGGUUCCCGCAAGGCGUGAACCCCCGGAAGCAGCGCCGCGAGCGGACCACCUUCACGCGCGCCCAGCUGGACGUGCUGGAAGCGCUCUUCGGGAAGACCAGGUACCCGGACAUCUUCAUGAGGGAGGAGGUGGCGCUCAAGAUCAACCUCCCCGAGUCGAGGGUGCAGGUGUGGUUCAAGAACCGGCGGGCGAAGUGCCGGCAGCAGCUGCAGCAGCAGACCAAUACGCAGAUCGCCAGCAAGUCCAGCUCCAAGGGCUCGCUGCCGAGCAACCCGAAGGGCCCCAACGCGCCCAAGCCCACGCCCAAGUCCCUCGCCAGCUCGACCGCGCAGAACUCCAGCGUGACCACCUCCUCGCCCAGCCUGCCCAUUACGCCUACCACCUCCGUCAGCCCCCCGAUAAACGUGAUCUGCAAGAAGGAGAGCUCCAGCUACGACCCCCUAACGAAAAACAACUCCAGCCACCAGUACUCCGAGGCGCUCAGGCUCACCGGCAAGGAGCCCUCGCCCUCCGAACCCAACGUGCACGGGUACGGCGUAACCCCCAAACAGGAGCUAUACAGCAGCCCUAAAAGACUGGACUACGGCAAGAUCGACUACGCGGAGAAGUCCUUCGGAAGUGGGCUGGUCAAGGAGCAGUACGGCUCACGGCUGACGGGCAACCUCACCCCGCUGGGGUCCAACUCCUCGAUAAUGACCACCCCCUCGCCCCCCAUCACGCCCCAGAGCGUCAACGGCCCGGGAAACGUGUACCCGGACUAUAAUAGCUUCCACUGGCCCGGCGGCUCCGACUACAUACGCGGUUACUCAACUUCCCACCACCAAGGGUAUGGGCAGAGCGCGUACAAUUCCCCAUAUUAUCCCAGUCAGAUGGAGUACUUCAACGGCGCGUCCGUGAACCAGUCGCACGGCGGCCACCACGGGCACAACCUGACCGCGAACGGCAACCAGCUCUACAACCAGGUGUCCUUCGGGAACCCCUCGCCGCCGGGCGCGUGGCCCACCCACAACAUCCUCUCGGGCGCCGAGUCCCCUGAGAACCAGCAGAACCCCCCCCACCUCAGCAUGCUGCAGGCGUCGCAGAUCACGAACUUUCCCAGCUCGGGUAACGCGUACUUCGCCCCGGAGAAGUACGGAAUCAACAUGGUG